AUGGUACCGGAAACCAUUGGCCACGUCAUCUGCGAAUGCAACGAAGCAUUCUUCGAGGAAGAGGAAAAAAUGAAACGACUGGGACUUGACAGAGAUCCCUCCUCGAGGAUGAUACGCUACACCAAGAGACUCCUACAGCGAACGAUCCUGCUAUUCCUGGAUAACUUGGGGGAGCUUCCGAAGAGCCAACAGAGGAAUGGUUUACUCCUAGUGCCGGAAAUGCUACUCGAUAGCGUCGCCGAUUUCCAAGGGCAGCCGAUUCCGAGCAUGGGCUCCUCGAUCAGGAAUGAUGUCGCGAUGGCGAGGAUCGAAAAGGAUUCUCUGCAACUCAUCGAGGAGCAAGCUCGCUCGUACCAGGUCGAACUAUUCGAGUACGCGAAGAAACACAACACCAUUGUCUGUCUGGGUACCGGCACGGGUAAAACUUUCAUCUCGGUCUUGUUGAUUAAAUACCUCGAACAUCAAGUCACAGGACCCUGGCUCGACGAGUCGGGCCGCACUCCUGUCGGGAAACGUACGAUUUUCCUCGCCCCGAACGUGCCGCUAGUUGAACAGCAGAGUGCCGUACUCGCCUGUCAUAUGACCGUCAAAGUAGGAACGUACGUCGGCUCUAUGAAUACGGACCGUUGGACCUCGGAGCACUGGAACAAGGAACUCCAGGAACACGGGGUCUUGGUAAUGACGCCCGAAGUUUGCCGGAUCGCAGUAGACCACGGCUUCAUCCCCUUGGAGAACAUCAAUUUGCUCGUUCUCGACGAGUGCCAUCGAGCCACCGGCGUGGAUCCAUACGUGAAGAUCAUGGAGAACUACAAGAAUCUGAACGCUAACGAUCGACCGAGAAUUCUCGGUCUGACCGCGUCCGUGGUGAACGCCCAAGUGAGUGCAAGGUUUCCAAGUCGCGAGAAAGUUCGGGAUCUAGAAGCGUGCCUGUUCUCUACCGCGAGGACAGCCAGCCACAACGUCGUGCGGUUCGGAACGAAACCCGUCGAGAUCAUAGUUUCCCACGAAGAUCACGACGCCGAGAAAGUCCUCCCCAUAGACGAGGAGAAAGUCGCCCUCUUGAAAGACUGUGCGGACUUCGCUGAAUUCAGGAAAAUGAUCAAGAACCUCGCCAAAACCUAUGUGUCCUGCGGCGCCUUCUGUGCCAAGCAGCUACUCGAGUUCAGAGAGCGUGAACUCGACAAAGCUCUUAAUCUUCCCGACUGUGCCGAGGGCUUCCGAGAUCACGCUCAUGUGAAACGCGACAUCUACAAGGCGCUCAAUGAUUUCUUCGGACCUAAACCUUCGAUUCACGAUGUGCCUCCAAAAAUGAAAACACUUCUUCAAAUAAUCAAGCAAUUCGAAGGCAAGACCCUGUCUGCCGUCGUCUUCGUGCAAGAACGUCUGGUGGCCUACGUCCUAUACAUCUGGAUGACACAUCUAUCGAGAGAAGACGAAUUCAGUUUCGUGAACUGUUCCUUCAUCGUCGGUCAGAACCAGGGCGCAUACGGUCGCGACGUGGAUCAGGAGAGCAUGAAAAUGAAUGCCAAAGCCCAAAAGAAGGUCAUGAGAGAUUUCCGCGGGGGGAUCUACAAUCUCAUGUUCGCGACAUCCGUCAUCGAAGAGGGAAUGGACGUGCCUGCGUGCAAUCUGAUCGUGCGAUUCGAUCCUCCGAUGGACGUCCGCUCGUACACGCAGUCGAAAGGCCGAGCGCGCGCGAAACCCUCGCUGUACGUUUUGCUCAGCUCCGAGAGUGAACUCGCUAAGACCAAGGCUCUCCUGGAUUCCUACCAAGAGACCGAGCAGCUCGUCAUGCAUUGUUGCGGGAUCGAGAGGAGCCCUCCCACGGCAUCGCAAAGCCUGGAGUUCUUGAAAGAGGACCCCGACCUUCCCCCGUAUGUCGUUGAGCACGCAAGAGCUCGGAUAACGGCGCAGAGUGCGAUCAGCGUCAUUCAUAGUUAUUGCCAGCAAUUCAUGCGGAUGAAGUACCCGAACGUUUUUCCGUUCUUCGACUUUGAAGAAACAGCCGGAGGCUACAUCUGCACACUCACUAUGCCGAUCGUGUGUCCCUUACGCGAGAAAGUUUCGAAUGCGACGCGUCCGUUCGAGAGCAAGGACAAGGCUAAAAUGUUCGUCGCGCUAGAAAUGUGCAAACGUCUGCAUGCCUGUGGCGAACUCUCUGAUAAUCUUCUGCCGCGUAGACGACUCAUCAACUUCUGCAAGCUCCCAACGAAGCGUGAAGACGUGAAAGCUUCGGAGGAACUCAGAGCCGUGAUGGUACUCAAUGGUGUGAAAAGUCAUCAGAAGAAACGCUACAUCCUUCCGCGGAAACAGGCUGCCAUCCUCGAACUGCGCGAAGAGAAUAUAGACUGCGAGCCCCGCGAUUCUUAUGAACUGUACGUGAUCAAGACCGAUGUCAUCGCGUUCGCGUCAAACCUACAGAACUGGCGGGGAGAGGAUCUCUUCGACCCUUCCAAGUAUCCGACCUGGCUCGCGAUCAUCAUGAGAUCCGGAAGUUCUGAGUUGCUCAGUGUACCGAAGUUCUCGAUCUUCACCAGAUCGGGUGAGGAACGAGUCUCGUUCAUAGAUGCGGGACCAAUCGGUCUUGAUGACAAGCUGAAGAAGCUCUGCACAAGAUUCAAUAGAUACGCUUUCCACGUGGUUUUGGAAACUAUCGACGAAAUGGUGGACCUCGCGACGAAUUUCCAUACUCCCUGUCUGGUUCCCGUGAAAGAGGUCGACAACGGCGGGACUUUCGAACUGGACAUGGAUGUCCUCCUCGCUCUCGGCCCGGCAAAACUUCCUGACUUCGAGAAUUUCGUGUUCAAAGAGGAAGAUUAUGAGGAUGCCGUGGUCGAGCUCCUCUAUCACAUAGAUGAGAAUCAAAAGAAACUUAGCAGGGACGCACACACGAAAGUUCCUCAAGAUAUCUAUCGUCGAUUCUACGUCACGAAACCCAUCGCCACGAACGAGAAAGGCGUAGCCCUGACCCCUGAAACCACAGGAUACUACGGAUUCAACAAAUCCAUGAGUUUCGCCGACUAUGCCCUCCGGAAGACCCUGCGAGCGGGCCCAUCGAAAUUACUGAAGGCACACCAGCCCGUGUUGACCGUGGAACACGCACAUAAAAGAUUGCAGAUGUUGUACUCCCGCUUCGAAAAUCAACAGGAACGUCGACAGAACUAUGUCAGUGAUUUCGGAACGAAAUAUCUUCUCCCGCAGUUCUGUGCCGUGCACUCGAUUAAAGCAAGUCUCUGGCGGAAGAUUUGUUCGAUUCCGUCGAUCCUCUAUCGGUUGAACCGACUCCUCACAGCUGAAACUAUCAGGCAUGAAAUCUCCGUCGCGUGUCGCCUGAAACAGCCACCGACCCCGUCCCCCGAGAAAUGGUCGCCGAUGGAGUUCAAACGUGGCGUCAAAGAGAAACUGAUUGAAACCCCUGCCAGGGAGUUCGGUGCUCUCGUUCGUCAGUGUCAACAGGAUUUCGAUGCGUCAAAUCUGCGAAUUCCUGACGUGAGUCAACCGGAUCUAAGGAACUGUUUGGGGCCGUCACCUUGUGACAUCAUGAAAGCUUUAACCACGAAAGCUUCUCAAGAAGUUUUCGAUCUCGAACGUCUCGAGCUACUGGGCGACUCGUUUCUGCAAAUCGUAGCCACAUUCUCCGUUCUGGAUAGGAAUCCAAACAUGAGCAUCAGCGAGCUGAACGUUCUCCGCCAAUACGAAGUCAACAAUCGACAUCUGUUGUGCCGGGCUCACGACAAAAAACUGACGAGUGUCCUCGAAGCUUAUCCCUUCAAGGCGACGCACAACUUUUUACCGCUUGGAUGCAGACCCAUUCCUCAUGAGGAAAAACUGCUCCGGCGUGACAUUCUGUGCCUAUUGGUGCAAUGUUUCGACUACGAUGAGGAUCUCACACCGAAAUUGAAGAAUUUGCGUCACUGCAAGUUCAUCCGCCGACUUCUCGAGAAAUUCGCGAGAGAACAACCGAGUAACCUCCAGGAAAUGGCAAGUUUUGAAUUUCUUUUUCAGGCAAAAUACGCGUUCCUUCAGGACGACCAGUUGCCAUUACGCCACGACGUUCCGGUGAGGUCGUUCCACGAUUUCAAGGCGAAGGUUGGGGGUGACGUCGUCGAAGCGUUAGCCGGCACCUACCUCGAGCAAUGCGGCCCUAUCGGUGCGCUCCGAUUUUUCCGGUGGAUUGGUAUGGAUCUCGGGGAUACGGAGAGCAACAACUUCCUCGAUGCGUUCAAGCUUGACUUCAGCGCUGCACAGAACAUUCCCGCUGAAUGCUUGAAAUCCUACCAAUAUCUCAUCGAGAAGGUCGAAAAACAAAUCGACUUCACUUUCAAAAGUAAAGGUCUCGUCCUGCAAGCGAUCACCCACCACUCCUGCAGAGACCAUUUGCUGACCGAGGAUUACAACAGAUUAGCUUUCAUCGGUGAAGCUGUCGCGGACUAUCUUCUUACGUUAUACAUCUAUGGACUGAGUUCGAACCUUGAUCCGGGCCAGCUUAGCGACCUCAGAUCCGCCCUGAUAAACAAUCAAGUCACGGCUUACGCGGUCGUCCGCGCCGAACUGCACACAGUCCUCCUCUACACAAACAGCAAGCUCUUCUCGGCCAUCAGGAAGUACUUGGAGAAUAUCGACGACAUCGGUCUACGACUGAACACAGUGCUCGGGGAUUGGGAGACCGACGACGCCGAGGAAGCCGAAGUCCCGAGACCCCUCGCAAGGAUUCUGCAGUCCAUCCUCGGUGCCGUUUUCAUCGACUCUGGGAAGAGCUUCGAAAGCGUUUGGCGCAUACUCGUCAGAAUAAUGGGUCACGAGAUCGCCCUGUUCUCGAGAAAUGUGCCCAUCCCGCCAACCACUGAGCUCUGCAAGAAGUUCCCUGGAACGGUCUUCAGUAAGGCCGUGCCCAUACUUGAAGACGAAGGGAAAUUCGAAGUAAAAUUAACCGUGAGCAGGAACGGGAAAACCGAAACCUAUUCCCAAAUAGCAGAAAACAAGAAAAUCGCGAAAACCACGCUAGCCAAGAGGUAUCUCAGGAAGGUGGAGCGCGAGAAGAAACUCGAAGAGAUAGAGGAGCUGAAGAGGGCUCAUGUGACGCAUGAGAGUGUACAUACAUUGAGUGACGUACUCUUGAAUUCUGAGGUUCAGAAGUCGAAGUUCUACAGAACCAGGAGAUGA